AUUUGAUUCUGUCGUGUGGAAUCAACUUUGGCAACCUUUCUUGACUUGCAUUCUGCAACACAAGAUACACAACCCGUAGAAACGGAAAGAUGGCCACCGGCAAAGAGCCCCCUCAAGAGGUCGAGAUGGCACCGCCUCUUGAUAUUGAAGCUGUCGCUACACAUCAAUCUGAGAUUCAUCACUUGAAUGAGAAGGUUUUUGAUGGUGAUGAGGCAUUGAAAGUGCUUCAUACUCAUUACGAGCCAUACUCUCCCGAGGAGGAGAAGAGUCUUUUGAGAAAGAUCGAUUAUCGAAUGUGUAUUUUGAUGCUCAUAAUCAACGGACUCCAAUUUAUUGACAAAAACUCUCUCACUGCCGCAGCAACAUAUGGGAUUAUCGGAGAAGCCAAGCUCGUUGGAGCCCAAUUCUCACUCUUGAUCUCAAUAUUCUAUAUCGGGUACCUCGUCGCCCAAUACCCCACGAACAUCUUGAUGCAAAGGUUCCCAACCGGGAAGUACAUUGCUAUCAACUUCAUCCUGUGGGGUGCGACACUUGCUGCAACAGGAUCUGCAACCAAUUUUGCUACGCUUGCUGUCGGACGAUUCUUCCUCGGAGUCUUCGAAUCGUGCUUGAAUCCAGGCUUUGUCCUGAUAACCUCGUCGUGGUGGAAGAGAGAGGAACAGUCUGCUCGUGUUGCUCUUUGGUAUUGUGCUAAUGGGUUAAUUGGAGCUCCCAGCGGCGCGAUAUUCUUUGGAAUUGCUCAUAUCCAUGUUGGCAAAAUGUUUCCGUACCAAUGGAUGUUUAUCAUUCUUGGUCUCAUAACGGUCUGCUUCGGAAGCACACUCUGGUGGAUCCUUCCAGAUUCUCCUCACACAGCCAAGUUCCUUACUGAGCGUGAACGGGUCAUUGCCGUCGAACGUCUCAAGUCGAACAAGACUGGCGUGAAGAAUACUCAUCACAAGCAGUACCAAGUUUUCGAAGCCCUUAAGGAUCUGAAAGUCUGGAUGUUGGUUGCUGCAAUCUUCUUCCACAAUAUGACCAAUUCUCUCCAAACAAAUUUUUCUGGAUUGGUGAUUCGAGGACUCGGGUACAGCGUCGAUGAAUCCAUUCUCCUCAGUAUCCCACCGGGCAUAGUUCAAGCCACCUCCAUGCUUCUCGCUGGCUUCUUCCUCUCCUCAAGAUGGGGCGAAGGCAAACGAAUCUUCGUCAUAAUCCUCUGCUACCUCCCCGGAAUUGCCUCGUGCCUUAUCCUUUACCUCAGCCCCAUAAAAUCUUCAACUCGCAAGGCGCACCUGUUUGCCAUAACCAUCAUUCCGGUCGUAGCGACCUCUGCCGGGCUUCUCUACGCCCUGCUCGCCAGCAACAUCGCCGGGUACACCAAAAAAUCUGUAACUGGAGCCUUGUUCUUUUCUGCGAACGCGGUGGCGAAUAUUGUGAGCCCGCAAACAUUUCUGUCGUCUCAGGCGCCGAGAUAUGGGACUGGUGUUGCUGUCACAUUGGCGGCGUUUUGCAUCAAUAUUGUGUUGUUUGUAUCGUUAUACUUUGUGUAUCAAGCGGAGAAUAAGAGACGGGAUUUGGAUCCUGCGGGCGCGGAGGGAGCGGAUGCGACGGAGGAGUUGAUCGAUGCCUUUUCUGACAAAACGGAUCGGGAAAACAAGAAACUUAGGUAUAAGAUGUGAAGAAAUUGCACCAAGAAGACUUG